CCGUCCGUGAGCAGUGAGCUGGCCGCGGCGGAGAUUUCUCCUUUGGUCGGAUCUUAUCUUUUUUUACAAACUGUGGUCUUUCGCUGUCGUUUUACGCGCUUGGCACAAACCGGAGUAGUUAAGUCGGCACGUUGGUGCUCAGUCGCUCGCAAAUCUUUUCGCCUCUGCGCUGCGCCUCCGUGGCAAUGGAUUGAUUUCAGUGUUUUUUUCUCCGACCUCUGCCUCGACCAAGUUGAGAAAACAGUCUCUCUAACCUGCGGCUCUCUCUUUCCAGCUACAUGUUUCAUCCGGCUAGUUUUAAAAGUACCUGGCUCCGGAUGUUUCUGCACAUUUUAGGACUUUGAACUUUUUUUCUCCCCCCUUGUGCAUUCACAGGAGGUGGCCGGGGAUUGUAAGGAUUUCUUUUUUGGAAGCUUCUCCUGGGUUCCUGAAGCCUGCAAAGAUUUAUUUGUGAAAAGUGAUGGCCGAGCGGGGAGCUCUGUCGCUCCUCUCUCUCCUCUGUCUCACCUUUCUCUUCUACACGGAGACCAACGCGGCAAAGCAUGUCGACAAAGGUUCAGCAGCACAGCCCUUCAGCCCCUUCUGGUUCACGGUGGAGCCUCAGGACACGCUGGCCAUCAGGGGAAACCCGGCACUGCUCAACUGUUCGGCAUACAGCGACGCAGCUACGACAGCACGCAUAGAGUGGAAGAAAGACGGCACCUUCAUGAGCCUGGUUUCAGAUGAGAGGCGGAACAUACUUCCUGAUGGCUCGCUGUUCUUCACACACAUAGUCCACUCCAAGCACAAUAAACCGGAUGAGGGAACCUAUCAGUGUGUUGCCACUAUCGAGAACCUUGGGUCCAUUUCCAGUCGCACAGCCCGUCUCUCUGUGGCAGGCAUGCCCAGAUUUGCCAGCCAGCCUUCAGCAGCCUCUGUUUAUGUCGGGAGCAGCCAGGUGAUGGCUUGUGAGGUCAACUCUGAUCUGGUGUCUUUCACUCGGUGGGAGAAGGACCGCCAGCCGCUUGAGCUAAGCACCAGGCUCCUCCAGCUUCCCAGCGGGGCCCUCGUGAUCAGCAAUGCCUCUGAGUCUGACGCUGGCUCGUACCGCUGUCUGGUAGAGAACGUGGGGUCUUCAAAGUCAAGUGAAGAGGCUCAGCUCCAGAUACUACCAGAAACCGGAGAAGAGAGGAAGCUGGAGUUCCUUGUGCAGCCUGCGCCUGUGAUAAAGGUGCUGGGUACCAAUGUGCUGCUGCCCUGUGUGGUCACCGGUUACCCUGCGCCGCAAGUCCGGUGGAUGUUUGGAGACAAGCUGCUAGAAGAGAGUGAGGGUCGUGUCGAGCUGCUGGGUGGAGGAAGUCUUCAGAUCUCAAACCUCACAGAGGAGGAUGCCGGCGUUUACACCUGUGUGGCUGACAAUGGCAAUGCAAGCAUUGAAGCCCAGGCACAACUCACCUUACAAGUUCCUCCUCAGUUUGUGAAGCGGCCGGCCAACAUUUACGCCCACGAAUCCAUGGAUAUUGUCUUUGAGUGUGAGGUGUCGGGGUCUCCAGCUCCCACCGUCAAAUGGGUGAAGAAUGGAGAUGCUGUAAUCCCCAGUGACUACUUCAAAAUAAUUAAGGAGCACAACCUGCAGGUUCUGGGUCUGGUCAAGUCUGAUGAAGGUUUCUAUCAGUGCCUUGCAGAAAACGAUGCAGGAAACAUCCAGUCCAGUGCUCAGCUGAUCAUCUUAAAUCACGACGUAGCCCUGCCCUCUGCCCUUCCCCCCUCACUGACUCCUAACACUACUGACCAUGUAACACCAGGCUCCGGAGGUGUAGCCAGUCCAGCAGGACCAACCCCCUCUGCCCCACGGGAUGUCGUGGCUUCACUGGUUUCCACCCGCUUCAUCAAACUGACCUGGCGCCCACCGGCGGAACCCCACGGAGACGAGUUAACCUACUCAGUUUUCUACAGCCAGGAGGGCACCAGCAGGGAGCGAGUAGUGAACACCAGCCGUCCAGGAGAGAUGCAGGUCACCAUCCAGAACCUCAUGCCAGACACCAAAUAUCGCUUCAGGGUCGUUGCCCACAACAGCAACGGCCAGGGGGAGAGCUCUGCAGCACUCAAAGUGGCCACCCAGGCUGAAGUCCAAGUGCCAGGCCCUGCUCCUAACCUGCAGGCCGUGUCCAACACACCGACCUCCGUCUCUCUGAGCUGGGACAAACCCCUCACUGGCAAUGGAGAGAUUGUCACCUACAAGCUGUACUACACGGACAAGAGUGUUGGCAACGAACAGGAUGUUGACAUCGAUGGUCAGUCUUACACCUUGACCGGUCUGAAGAAGAACACUGAGUACAGUUUCCGUGUGGUGGCCAACAACAAGCAUGGUCCAGGUGUCUCCACUGAGGACGUCAUAGUCCGAACUCUAUCUGACGUUCCAAGUGCCCCUCCUCAAAACCUCACUCUGGAGGUCCAGAACUCGAGGAGCGUCAUGCUUCGGUGGCAGCCCCCACCCCUCAGUGGCCAGAACGGGGAGAUCACCAGCUACAAGAUCCGAUACAGGAAAGUUUCCCGGCGGAGCGAAGCAGCCGAAACCACCAGUGGCACCCAGCUCUUCAAGCUCAUUGAGGGUCUGGAGCGUGGGACGGAGUACUCCUUCAGAGUGUCAGCCAUGACAAUCAACGGCACAGGACCGGCAACAGAGUGGACCACAGCGGAGACAUUCGAGAGCGACCUAGAUGAAUCCCGUGUACCUGACCAGCCCAGCUCUCUCCACGUUCGACCGCUGGUCAACAGCAUCGUGGUGAGCUGGACGCCGCCGGAGAACCAGGACAUCGUGGUGCGAGGCUAUACCAUCGGCUAUGGCAUUGGCAGUCCUCAUGCUCAGACCAUCAAAGUUGACUACAAGCAGCGCUACUUCACCAUCGAGAACCUUGACCCCAGCUCCCACUAUGUGAUCACGCUGAAGGCUUUCAACAAUGUGGGUGAGGGAAUCCCUGUGUAUGAGAGCGCCAUCACCAGACCACAGUCAGACCCCAUAGACCCCGAGGUUGACUUGUACGAACUCUUCCCUGCUCCAUACACCCCAGUACCAGACCCCACUCCCAUGAUGCCUCCAGUGGGUGUUCAGGCCUCCGUGCUGAGCCAUGACACCAUCAAGGUGACCUGGGCUGACAACUCUCUACCCAAGAACCAGAAGAUCACAGAUAACCGCUUCUACACCGUUCGCUGGAAGACCAACAUUCCUGCCAACACUAAAGUCAAGAUGGCCAACACCACCAGCCUGAACUACAUGGUGACAGGCUUGAAGCCCAACACACUCUAUGAGUUCUCAGUUAUGGUGACCAAAGGCCGACGCACCAGCACGUGGAGCAUGACUGCACAGGGAACCACCUUUGAGACUAUCCCCAGCUCCUCUCCGAAAGACGUGACUGUUGUUAGCAAAGAGAACAAACCCCGGACCAUCAUUGUCAACUGGCAGCCUCCCUCUGAGGCCAACGGAAAGAUCACAGGCUACAUCAUCUACUACAGCACAGAUGUAAAUGCUGAAGUCCACGACUGGGUUAUUGAGCCUGUUGUGGGGAAUCGUCUGACCCACCAGAUUCAGGAGCUGACUCUGGACACCACAUACUACUUCAAGAUCCAGGCCCGAAACUCAAAGGGCAUGGGCCCCAUGUCUGAGGCCGUACACUUCCGCACUCCAAAGACUGAGUCUUCUGACAAAAUGGCUAAUGACCAAGCGUCAAAUCUUCCACCAAAGCCAGGACCUCCAGGCAACCAACAUCCACAGGACUCCAGCACUACAGUUGGUGUGGGAGGCAACAGUGAGAAUCACAUCUUGGUCAUUGUCAUCAUCAUCUCAGUGGGAGCCUUCACCAUCAUCGUUGUGGUGGUCGGAGCCUUCCUGUGCACACGGCGCACAACGUCACACCAGAAAAAAAAACGAGCUGCUUCAAAGUCUUCAAAUGGUUCCCACAAGUACAAGGGAAACUCAAAAGACCUGAAGCCUCCUGAUCUUUGGAUUCACCAUGAGAGGCUGGAGCUUAAACCAAUGGACAAGUCGCCCGACCCAAAUCCAGUUAUGACAGAAACACCCAUCCCCCGCACCUCACAGGACAUCACGCCAGCCGACAGUGGCCUGGAGAGAGACCCCCACCUGCAGCAGCGACGCAACUCCUACCGUGGCCACGAAUCAGAGGACAGCAUGUCGACACUAGCAGGCCGACGAGGGAUGAGGCCUAAAAUGAUGAUGCCUUUUGACGCACAGCCCCCUCAGCCUGUGAUUAGUGCUCAUCCCAUCCAUUCCCUUGAUAACCAUCACCACCAUUAUCACAUGGGCAGCCUGGUGUCGCCAACACGCAGCUACCUCUACCACCAAGGCAUUGGGCACUCACGCCCGCACGCCUGCGCCACCCCCAUCUCCCAUCUAGACAGGGUGGACUCUGAAGAGUCGGUCAGGAACACCCCUAGUUCAGAGCCCCUCCCUCCAGCUACUGCAUCCUCCCAGGCUUCCUGCCCAUCAGAGAUCAUGGUCGACCCCGAGGGCAGUUACCACGGCUCCACCACCACGGAGGAGGAGCCCAGCUAUUCAAGCCAACUGCCCCCCCACCGCUCAGCCCACCCGCACGCCCACGCGCACCCCCUGAAGAGCUUCGCUGUGCCUGCGAUCCCAGCCGGCAGCCAUCCAACGUAUGAGUCGUCUGCUCUGCCUAGCACACCGCUGCUGGCUCAGACAGGGCCUCCUACUCACCCGCAUGUUGUUAAAACAGCCUCUAUUGGAACACUAGGAAGGACACGAACACCGAUGGUCGUGACCGUGCCCAACGCCCCCGAUGUCCCAGAGACCAGUAAGAUGCUGGAGGACGUAGACAGCGUGCUUGCCUCCCUCCCUCCCUGCCCCUCCCCCGCCCCCCGCAGUAACCCUGUUCCUCUCCCUCAGAGCUACGAGCCUGACGAGCUGACCGAGGAGAUGGCCCACCUGGAGGGCCUGAUGAAGGACCUGAACGCCAUCACCACAGCGCCAUGAGCACGCACGCACGCACACCGUCACACACUGACCCACUCUCUCUGUCAUCGAACACACCAGACACACACUCUUACAGUCAAACACACACACCCAAGCAGAAAUCCUGGGAGCCAGAAGCUGGCGGACACAAAACGGCAUCUUGUGCCCUAAAAACUCUCCUGUCCCCCUGCAGAGAAAAAAAACAAACUCCAGACUGAAACUUAGGAACUUUUUUCGGCUUACCUUGCUCAGUCUCAGGAAGGAGAUUGCCAUGAGAGGGAAGAAAAAGUGACAUCUUUUUAUGAAGAACCAUUCUCAGAGACAAUGAACUUGGAAACAUUGGUCGCUUUGAUCCGAAAGAUUGUGAAUUUUUUCCUCAGCAAAAAUACAUGUGGUAGGUUUUUUCCUUUAUCGAAUGCUCACUCGAGACAGUUGAUUUAACGUCAAGUCAAAAGGAGAAAGUCCAAAAAAUAUGCUGGUUUUUUGAUGUUGGUGCUCAUGCGACGCAGUCUACACACAGUGUUUGUUUGGUUAGUGUUUUCUUUGUGCAUUUUGUAUAUCUAUUGGGCCGUUUCAGUGAAGUGAACAUUGGAUUUCAGCCCCCUCCUAUUUUUACAAACCCACAUUACUCAUCAACCUCCUCUUUGUUUUGUUUUCCCCAUGUGUCGUAUAUUGUGCCAUGACUUUUUAUUAUUUUCUAUGUUAUUGUAUUAUUUUUUUACACACAUAUUCUUAUAAACAUGUACAUAUGUUGUGUUUUUUUUAAACUGCCUCAUUGUUUUACUGUUUCCCGUAUUUCAUUAUUAUUAUUUGGGAUGGAAAUGGGAGUACGAGUGAGUCCUGAGGCUCAAAAGGGGAGAGAAGCCUGAUGCGUUUCUACAGUACAUUCUUCUCUGGCGUUGCCUGCUUUGUACAUGAGAACGUCUUCUUUUUCAGUCUUUGGUUCGUUGUGGGAGCUCCGUUUUAAAAGCCUUACCAACAUGUUUGUGUGUUGGAACAAUUAAGACGACUCGGCUCUACGUGGAUGUCGCUCCGAGUCGUGCUGUCGAUGCUAACUAGACUCAACAGUUUCUCCUCAAAGGUCAGGGGUACCCAGGACUCAGGGCACUGACCCACACCCCUCCAACAAAAGAAAAUCUCAACAUGGCACCCAUUAAAUCAUUCAAUCACCCGCAACAGAUGAGUUAUCUUUUAUACGAGAAGUUUGGUCGAAUGUGUGUGUCGUUUCCAAAAACCAAUAUUUGGUUACAGACAUCUUUACUGCUGAACCAUGUGUGCAUUCUUCUCACAGUGGAGUAUGUUUGCUGUAUGCUCUUCAUCAGAUGCCCUGGUUCUUUUACAAAUCUUAUACAAUGCAAAGAUGUUGGCCUUUUGAAUGGGACUCCCAGAUUUUUUUUACAUGCUAGUUUUUGUAUGAAGAAAAAAAAACAAGAUGCUUGUUCUGUAAACAAAUCUGAUGUGAAAAAAGAACAAAAAAAGUUCAUCUAAGAAACUAGUUUUUCAUCACCCUCUUACCCAAAGAAAUUUGUCAUUUGCAAUCAUAGUAAUUUGCUCUACUUUUGUGAAUACCAUGUUUCUCAUAAAUGUACAUCGUCAUGAAUGUCAAUAAUAUCUGUAAGAGAUUUUAACUAUGGAUACAAACAAGGAAUGAGUUAUUUGGGGGAAAAUCAUUGAAAACAAACGCAGGAGAAAAAGGACCGGACUCCAUUUGGGAAAUAAUCUAUUGAGUUGUAAACAGUUGAACCUGUAUUGCACUUUUUCACAGUUUUUGAAAAGUACAUUUCUUACAUAUCUUGUGUUUUAAAUAUCAGAAGCUGUUUGUGUAACGUAGUGUCCUAGGUAAGCAGCAGGCAGCUGGUCUUGUUUUUUAUGUUUUUUGUUUUUUUCUUUUCGUUUUUUGCUUCAGAGAUGAUAUGAAUUUGAGCAGCAGAGUUUUACUUUGCAGCUCAUGAUGGGGAAUUCUGUUGUUGCUUGUUCAUGUACAGAGCUUUUUUUUUUUUUUUUGCUUUCUGUAGAAAAAAAUCUGUGGCUUUUUAAAAAAUGUUGGAAAAAAAGGUUUGGAAAAAAAGAUGUUUUUUUAUUGGUGCUCCUAUACAUUGUGUAUACAAACUAU